UUAUUCCGCAUACAAAAAGUGCAUGUAAACUCCACAGACCGAGGCUGGAGCAGAAGAUGGCGGCGACAGAGUCAAGCUUAAGCCCGGCGGUGGAGUCGGUAGUGCCCGCUUGCAUGUUCGCACCUGACCGGGGCUGCGCUGAAGAUUCACCCGGCGCAGAGUGCAGCGACGCCCGCGACGACCAGAACGGGGAAGCCGAGGACCAUUUAGACCUCACCAGCAAGUUUGCGCUGGUCAGCCCCACAGGAGAGCAAUAUGACUGUUUACAAAAACAGCUGCGAGAUCGAAUUGAGGAAGGAUGUGGAGAAACCAUCUAUGUGAUUGGCAUGGGAACAGACGGUGGUGAUUAUGGUCUGGAUGAGCGGGACAUGGAAGCAUCUGUCGCUACGGUUCAGUCUCUUUGUGAACAGGUUGAGGCUGACCUGAUUCUGCUGAGAGAGAGGAUGGAGACUGCGGGACGUGUGCGGGAUUAUCUCAUCCGGCGCCGUGUGGGAGAGGCCGACUUCCUGGAAGUCAGAGUGGCGGUUGUAGGAAAUGUGGAUGCCGGUAAAAGCACACUUCUGGGUGUCCUAACUCACGGUGAACUUGACAAUGGUCGCGGAUUUGCCCGCCAGAAGCUCUUCCGCCACAAACACGAGAUGGAGAGCGGCCGGACCAGCAGCGUCGGGAAUGACAUCCUGGGAUUCGACCAGGAAGGGCAGGUGGUCAACAAACCGGACAGUCACGGGGGAAGCCUGGACUGGACCAAAAUCUGUGAGAGGUCAUCGAAGGUCAUUACAUUUAUUGACCUGGCAGGACAUGAGAAGUAUCUGAAGACCACAGUAUUCGGGAUGACAGGCCACUUGCCGGAUUUCUGCAUGCUAAUGGUGGGAAGUAAUGCCGGGAUCGUUGGCAUGACUAAAGAGCACCUCGGUCUUGCUCUGGCCCUCAACGUUCCUGUUUUUGUAGUCGUAACUAAGAUAGACAUGUGUCCUGCUAACAUCUUACAAGAGACACUAAAGUUAUUACAGAGGUUACUGAAGUCUCCGGGAUGCCGAAAAAUUCCUGUUUUGGUGCAAAACAAAGAUGAUGUCAUCGUUACAGCCUCAAACUUCAGCUCAGAGAGGAUGUGUCCGAUUUUCCAGAUCUCGAAUGUGACUGGUGAAAACAUGGACCUGCUAAAGAUGUUCCUAAACCUGCUGUCGCCCAGAACAUCAUAUAAAGAUGACGAGCCGCCGGAGUUUCAGAUUGAUGACACGUAUUCAGUACCGGGUGUCGGUACGGUAGUUUCAGGAACAACUUUACGUGGAUUAAUUCGCCUGAAUGACACGUUGCUCCUCGGUCCAGACCCUCUGGGUGUCUUCCUCCCCAUCGCUGUGAAAUCCAUCCACCGCAAGCGAAUGCCAGUAAAAGAGGUCCGUGGCGGGCAGACAGCCUCCUUCUCCCUAAAGAAGAUCAAGCGCUCAUCCAUCAGGAAGGGAAUGGUGAUGGUGUCACCCCGACUCAACCCACAGGCAUGCUGGGAGUUUGAGGCUGAAAUUCUGGUUCUGCAUCAUCCGACGACCAUUUCACCGAGAUACCAGGCUAUGGUUCACUGUGGGAGCAUCAGACAAACGGCCACAAUAAUCGGCAUGAACAAAGAGUGUUUACGGACAGGAGACAAAGCUGCAGUUCACUUCCGCUUCAUCAAGACCCCCGAAUACUUGCAUAGUGACCAGAGGCUCGUCUUCAGAGAGGGACGAACUAAAGCUGUGGGCUCCAUCACAAAGCUUCUUCAAAGCAAACCUCAGGCCAAGAUGCAGUCCAGCAAGAAACCUCCAUCACAGGUGGAGGCAUCUUCAUCACCUGUUGACGAAAACACACACACUGGAGGAAGCCCACAGACAGGACAACUGCCGAAGUCUGGUGGAAGUGGUCGACGGCGUGGCGGUCAUCGACACAAAGGCAAAUCAGCACUGAGCAGCACUGCAAGCACCACACCAGCCACUGGAGUGACCGCAAACUGAGUUUCACUCUCUGCCAUCACCACUGGCCAUCAGACUUAACAUUUUAAAGUGAACACCAGAGGGCAGUAAAGCCUUUUUUUCCCCACCUCAGUCGUUCCCCGCUCUCACUAAACCGGACUGAGCUUUUCUCGCUUAAUUAGAAACGUUCAUCUCUGCUGACACAAUCCUGCCGAAAUCCUGACUGACAAGCAGCUGUUGUGUUACCGGUCCACCCCUUAUCAAACCCUUUCACUUAAUAUUCUGUCAGCCGAUGGAUUCUUAACAUCCUGUAAUAAACACCCUGAAAUCCCGGAUUUCUGUAGCCGGAAUGUUUCCCCGAGGACCCAAUUAAGGAGCCCACGACUGAAUCCCUGUUUGUGUUCAGCGAUUUUUGCUAUUUUUCAUGUCAUUUUCCUCCUUCAAUUGAAUUUGGCAAAUGCUAACGCAGAUGAAAGGGAGAAAUCUGUUCUGCUUGUCAAUCUCUCAUGCCCCCUCAUCCUCUUCUGAUUUUAAUGAGCGUUGUAGCUGCCGAGACGCGCGCAAAAUCACGGCGGAUAAAACCGGUCCCUCGCGGGGCGUCACAAAUUAGGUGGCUUUCUGCUCUCCCGUGUUGCCUUUUCAUUUCGUGACCCAGCAUCACUUUCAAAAAGGUCUCACCUUUUCAUUUUUUGGCACAGAAUGAGGCGCGAACUCAGAUGACAUGUGGCAUUUAAUUCGGGUUUCUGUUUUCAGUUUCUCAUUAAACCUUAUUUUACCUGUC